AUGGCACAAUUUAAUAGCAUCGGCAUCCACCCUCGAGAAUUCAUCUACGCCAAAGUCAUGGUCCAAGGCUCCGCCAUCAAGAAGGCCGGCCAGCCUGCGGCAACAGGCAAGCCUAAAGCAGCGAGCACACGCAGACAACCGAACAAGGUGGGCAAGAAGCCGCAGAAGGCCAAGAUGCGAACGUCGGCGGACAAGAUGCAGAAGAAGUUCGCGGGGGCCCUGACUGCCAAGACGGAGAAGAUGCUUGGGGAGCGGGCGGGCCACCUGGAGCUCAUCGGGAAGGGGAAGAAGGGGAAUGAUAAGAAGGGUAACGACGAUGACGAAGGUACGGGGGACUAUCGAGAGUCGUUUCCAGCGAAUGCGAGUGGAUAUUCGACAAUAUUCAACAACCUCGUCAACCAUGCUGGUUCCGAACGCUACGAUAACGAAUUGCUCUUGCGAGGUGCCCAUGGACGAGACACAUUGCUUUCGUUCGGCGACAACUCUUCUCUUUACAAACGCCUCUACCACACUGAGAGGGACAUUUCGAUUCCUUGCCGAUACCACAUACAAGGCGAAACCACAGGCGAGACAGUUCCCAACUCGGAAUCGGGAUCAGCAUUCUUCCUCUUGGACAAAGACGCCGACCGGAGAGACCGCCCCUGGGAUAAGAAGUUCAACUCAACCAUUACGGUCUGCCCCCCCAACCCUGACGGAGUCCACUCAACAUUCGCCUCGAAAAACUCGCGUCGUUUCCGCGCUCUCCCGGCCUACGCGGUCCUCCGGAGCGAGGGGAGGGCAGGAAUGGCGGCCAUGCUGGGACGGAUGGUGCGGUUGGCGCGGAAGAUCGCGGCAUUUGUGCGGGAUUCGCAUCACUACGAGUGGUUGCCCGACCAGGAAGCGGAAGCGGACUUGGAGGACACGCAUAUCAUCGUGCUUUUCCGGGCCAAGGACGAGGCGUUGAACGACGUGCUUGUGGCGAAGAUCAAUGAGACCAGGGAGGUCUUCGUCAGUGGGACGGUGUGGAACGGAAAGGCUGUUAGGAUUGCGGUGGCUACUCGGAGAGUCGAUGUGGAGAGGGGUUUUGCGGUUGUUCGGGAGGUUUUGGAUUCUGUUGCUGAAGGGCGCUCGUAA